AUGUUUGGGGUUGGAAUUAUAAAGGAUCACUUAUACUUUAAUGGAGUUGACCGAAGCUAUAAGAAUUGGACAUUUCACGGAGAACCUUGGGAAGCAACUACUAAUGCUAGUAGAAAUGUUGAAGAAGAUGAUGACCAUAGUAGGUACAGUUUUGUGUCUGAAGAAAUAGAGAUGGAUGAUAAUGAUUUUGGUGAUUUUGGAUCCGAUCCUUAUGAGUUUGCCAAUGUGAUUGGGGAUGGAGAUCAACCAUUGUACCCUGGUUGUAGAAAGUACACGAAGUUAUCAGCAUUAGUGAAGUUGUAUAAUUUGAAGGCAAAACAUGGGAUGAGUGAUGUCUGUUUUACAGAAUUAUUUAUACUUCAAGGCGAUUUGCUUCCAUAA